UGUCAAGCAACUUGAAGCAAGCCACGCGCCAACGUCCAGAUCCCUCCAUUUCGGUUCCAUACGCUCGCAGCAUUAUUCUGGUGCACACCACCCAAGCCAUGACAUAUCAAUAUACCGAGGCUCAGUCGGCAGCGUCGGAAGCAGCAGCAGCCGCCGCCACUGCCCCAGCGUUCCCCACCAAAACGGUCCAAACGACGGUUAAUGUCACCGUCCCAGCUGGAAAGCCUUCCAACCUUCUCAGCAUCCCGACAACCAUCAUUCACACGCAGUUUGCCAAUAGGAUUAUGAUAACGAUAUCGCAGGUCGGAACUAUUGGGUGUCUGCUCGAAGCAACUCGCGACACGACGACGGCAGCGACGGCAACGACAAACCUUUCUGCGUCCACCAGCACGCAAGCCUCCUUCGUCGGGCCAACUUACACUGAAACCGCUUCCACACAACCCCUCCCGCCACCACCACUGGUCGGCGUUUCCGUGCGGCCACUGCUGGGCACCGCACGGACAUCUGGCGAGGGUCUGCUGCAUCAGGUGUAUGCAUCGCAUAUCCUGCAACGCAUGUGCGCAGCGCGGCCGGGGGAAAAGAGAGGGUUAGUGUUGGGGAUCGCGUUGGAGAAGCUGCCGGCGGCAGCGGCGGAGGAUGGGGACGAUUUGGCUGACGGGGAGGAGUUUGACGAUGAGGAGGGUGGGAUUGGAGCAGCGGAGAGAGCGAUGUUUGAGCAGAUUAUGACGGCGUGCGCUGGGAUCGGCGUAUGGUGAAUGGAUGAGCUUCUAUCCUAUAGCUAGCUCAGCUGUGCGUUGAGAGAUUGUUAUCUCUCGAGUGGUUUGACCAGGCGCUACCAUACGCAUAUCUUAGAAAUGAAGUCUUUGCUGGUCUAAUCCAAAAAUCGGCCAUGGUAAUUCAUAAGCAGAAGUGAUAU